AUGGACCGCCUGAAGGAGCGCGGAUGGCACGUCUAUUCUGACAUCCGUUUCACCCAUAAACGUGUUCAAUUCGGAUUUUUCUCACCCUGGCAGCGUAAAAUGCUUCAGCAACACGGCAGCAACGUCAUUUGUUUCGACACUACGUACAACGUUUGCAAGCCAUUAGAGGUCCAAGGAUGGCCCAAGGUGAAACUGCUGUUGACAACAUUAGUCGUCCGCAACGCUGCCACCGGCAGCGGGACACCCGUUGCGUGGUUCUUCUGCUCGGAUGAACUGGCCGGACAAAUUGGUAGGCAUCACCUUAAACAUUCAUUGCAAUCAGUCGCCAACCUAUGCGCUACUUCCCAACAGCUACCCGAAACCCCAGCGCGCGAAAUGCACAUGGAAGCAAUGGAAGUUAUCCAUGCCACGCGGUGGCAGGAUCGAUGGCAACGGUUCAAACGCGACUACCGCACCACCUGCCCUGCCUUUGUCGAGUAUUUCCAAACCCAAUGGAUCAACCAAGCCAAAAACUGCAUGUUAUCUGAGAGGAUGGUACCCAUGCAAGGCAUUCAUACCAACAAUUACAACAAGUCCUGGCAUCGUGUUUUCAAAUUUCACUUCAUCUCCCAAACCAAGGUCUUCCGCAUUGACAUCAUCAUCCACAUCUUAGCCGACGAUGUAGAACCUGACUACCGUCAGCUCCUUAUCACCACCACGCUCGGUUUUCGCAAGCAACGCACGUCUAAAUUCCAAAACUACGCCAAAGGGCUCGCCGACAGCUACACGGACAAAGACCUCGCUAGCCUCGGUGUAAUGGUCACUAAAAACUCACCCACAGACUCGCCGCGUACUUACAGUCGUUUCAGUGGAGCAUUACUAGCUUCACUCGCCCUCGGUUUACCAGCUAUUCAAUAA